AUGAAUUAUGCAACAAGAUUUAUUCGAAAUUUGGGAAAUCCAAAAGUUGAUGGUGUAAAAUAUUUAACGAGAAAUUUUUAUAUACAAGUACAAAAAGGAGUCCGUAUAGGUGUAUGGCAUACUCUACCUCAUGAUUUAUCUGCAUUAUCAAAAAUUAAUGAUAAAAAAUAUGAAAGAUCAACUUUUGAGAAAGCUAUUAUAGAUCAUGGACAUAAAGUUGUUAUUUAUUGUCAUGGAGCUUUUGGAUAUAGAGGAAAUAUUAAAUCUAUUUGUGUUGCUAAUAAGUUAGCUUCAAAUAAUUGUCAUGCUAUUGCUUUAGAUUAUCGAGGAUUUGCAGAUUCUUCAGGUGAAUGUGAUGAAGAAGGAUUUUAUGAUGAUUUAAAAGUUUUAUAUAAAUAUAUUUAUAAAUUGGCUCCAGGACGAAUUUAUUUAUGGGGACAUUCUAUGGGUGGAGCAAUUGUUACAAGAGUUGCUGCUGAUUUAGGCAAAGAAAAAAAAGGACCUCAAGGAAUUUUGUUAGAAUCAUGCUUUACAAGUGCUUUUGAUGCUUUUAUUUAUUAUCCAUUUAAUACAGCAUACAGAUCAUUUACAUAUGUAUAUAAAUAUGCUGCAGAAAGAACAGAAUCAUAUAGUGUUCGAAUGCGUAAUGAUGAACAAAUUUUACAUGUAACCUGUCCAAUAACAUUAGUUCAUGCUAAAGAUGAUUGGAUUAUACCAUUUUUUAUGACACAACAAUUGUAUAUAUUAGCAAAAGAUUCAGGAAAAAAAGUAAAAAUGAUUAUAUUUAAUGAAGAAUUACAGUUGGGACAUAGUGAUUGCAUAAGAGCUCCAGAAUUUCAAAAUAUUCUAGAACAUUUUUUAGAAUUGAACAACUAA